AUGUGUUAUUCAAAUUCUACUUCAAUGGCGAGUUCACUUUCCGAAUCCCUCAACAGUGAAGGAAUGAAUCCUAUGUUGACUGAUCUUGACGGAGCUUCCGUUCAAUCUCCUGCUCCGGUUAACUCUUCUGAGCCGUCAACCCGCGAUAUGCUUUUGGCGGCACUUUUCGACAUCCAACCUGGGGAUGGGGAUCCCGAUCAUCCAGCCUCUUAUGAGAUAUUCAACGGCGAAUCAGCAUCUGUUUGGGCGGAGGGGUUGGUUCCUGACUGUCAACCUCUGAAUUCGGCGGUAGCUUGUGAUGUGCCGCUGGAAGAAUGGUUGCCAGAGGACCAUCUCGAUGAUAGUUGGUUGCAUGACGAUAAACCUACGAAGGAUGAACUUUAUGUUUCUGAUUCUAAAGUUGCACCGUCGAUUAUUGGAGCUGGGCUUGCAAAUCUCGGGAACACUUGCUUUCUCAACUCAAUAUUGCAAUGCUUCACGCAUACAGUGCCCCUAGUUGAGGGUCUUCUUUCGUGCAACCAUUCUUUUGAUGGUCAUAAUGGGUACUGUGUUAUUUGUGCAUUCCGCUACCAGAUGCAACAAUCCUUGCAGUCUACUGGAACUGUUAUCUCCCCCGAGAUACUUGUGGAUAAUUUGAAGCAUUUUUCCUCUAUGUUUAGAAGACAUCAACAAGAGGAUGCACAUGAAUUUAUGCAGUGUGCAUUGGAUAAACUUGAUUCAUGUUUUUUAAGUUUGAAGAAGAAUGAUCCAAGUUUUGAGGGUGAGAAUAUUGUAAACAAAGUUUUUGGAGGAAGUCUGGUUAGCAAGCUCCGAUGUUGCACAUGUGGCCGCUCUUCUGACACUAAUGAGCCGUUGAUUGACUUGAGUUUAGAAAUAGAAAAUGUAGAUUCUCUAUCAAGUGCUUUAGAAUCUUUCACUAUGGUGGAAAACAUUGAUGAAAAGCUUAAAUGUGAAAGCUGCAAUGAAGAAGUUUCUAUGGAGAAACAGCUUAUGCUGAAUCAGACACCUUCUAUUGCUGCAUUACAUUUAAAGAGGUUUAAGACAGAUGGGUUUUUUGUUGAAAAGAUUGACAAACAUAUUGAUUUCCCAUUGGAGCUGGACUUGCGGCCUUACACCAUUUUAAAUGAAAAGAAUAAUGUACCAUUGAAAUACGAUCUAUAUGCAGUUGUUGUGCAUAUUGGAUUUUCAUCUGACUCAGGCCAUUAUUUCUGCUUUGUUCGCACUGCUCCUGACACAUGGCAUAAGUUGGAUGAUUCAAAGGUUACCAAGGUAUCAGAGAAGACUGUGCUGUCUCAGGAAGCAUACAUAUUAUUUUAUGCCCGACAAGAUACUCCUUGGUUUUCAGAGUUUGCAGAAUCUACAAUUCCAUCACUGGAUUUGGGUAGGAUGAAUACAUCUCCCAAGUCUGUUUUAGACAUCCCUGAAGGCCAGGAUAAGUCAUUUCCUAUUUUAAAUGAAAAUGUUGAGAUGAAUAAGGCUGAAGACUCCAAAAAAAUUUCUGAAAAGAAGUUUGAUUAUUCGAGUCGACAAAGUCGCGAGAAGCUUAAAAUUGAUGAUGUUAUUGAUGCUUCUCCAAACCGUGAACAACUUCCUGCUGGGCCUUCAAACCAGAAAGCUCUUAAUGUUAAAGGAUUGGAAGAUAUCAACUCCAAAGUGCUACCUUUGGAUAGUGCCUGCUUGACUGGUACUGCAAAGGCUGGUGGGAGUUCAUAUGCUGAUAACAACAAAUCUGGUCAUAGUGUUAUGGAUUUCAUAGAUAAUAAUAUUUUCAAUUCUCUUACUCCUCCCAACACACCCCCUUCUCAGACUUCAGGUAAGAGUUUCCAGAUCUCACGCGAACAUGUGAAGACAGAGAAACAAGGGAGCAGUAGCAGUAAAAAAUCAUCAUCAAAUAAGUCAAAUAAGUUAUCCGACAGUCCUGGAAAAAAAGCUGCCAUUACUUAUCUUAAAAAGAUGCGUGGUUCAAGGAGAGGUGCAUUUAUGGAUUUAGUUAACGCCAGUCAUAACAAAACUUCCCCAGAAAACAAGAGAAAAAACACUGAUUCAUCGGCGUCUGACAAAGGCAGUGCUCGCAAGAAAUCAGGCCAUGCUUCUGUUGGAGGCUACCCUUUGGCAAUUGGAAUUUCUCAAUAG